GUAGUUAGUAGUAAGACAACAGCCAACCUCGACGACUUAGACGGGGCGUUAGAUGCGAUCCUACAAAUUUUGGUAUGCGAGCAAAAGAUAGGUUGGUCGAAAGAUUCAAGGAAAAUAAUACUGUUGCCCACAGACAGUUUGUUGCAUUCUGCUGGAGAUGGAUUAUUGGUGGGUGCUGUACUAAAACCUAAUGGUACUUGCCUUCUAGAUGAUGAUGGGAACCAUAUAAGUCCCUUAACAUAUGAUUUUCCGUCUGUGGGGCAGAUUCAUACUUUCUUGAAGGAGAAAAAAGUAAAUAUCAUUUUUGCUGUCAAAGAUCAGCGCAAAUUAGAAUACUAUAAGAGUCUCACUAGAGAACUCUUCAGAGACUCAGCUUUUGUGGGUGAAUUGCAAGAAGAUGCCAAAAAUAUUCUGGAAUUAAUAACUAAAGGUUACUAUAAUUUCGCGCGACAAGUGAGUUUCUCCAUUAACACCACGUUGCACGAAAAUUUGGACGUAAAAUUUUUCGCCGACUGCGACAAUCUCGGCGUAAUGAACGAAACGUCGGCAUGCUACAACGUCGAAGAAAAUUCGGUGGAAUUCACGGUUCAAUUGACACAGAAAGGACCUCCGACAAAAUUGAAUGACUUCUUAUUUAUUGAAGAGAAGAAUAUCAACGAGAAAAUAGCCUUGAAUAUCACCUACACCGGACUAUGUUCUUGUAAAAACUACGACGGAGAAGUAUUGACUUGUUCCAAUGGAAAUUUUAGAUGUGGGAAGUGUAUAUGUCAGGACGAAUGGACUGGAAAGCUAUGCGACGAAAGUUGUGACAAUAAAGAUUUUGGUUCCUGCAAAGCAAUUGCUGAUGGAUACAUUUGCAACAGAAACGGUGAUUGCGUCUGUGGCAAGUGCCUCUGUGGUUACCCAUUCGACGGGCAAUACUGCCAAUACCAGUGUCCAACAUCUAAAAACGGAGAAAUAUGCAGUGGGCCCUCUCAAGGCAAAUGCAUCGAAGGAAAAUGCUCCUGCAACGAGGAAUUCGAGGGCGACGACUGUUCCUGUUCGAAAUCCAAGUCUGGGUGUAGGCUAUUCGAAGCCAUGCAAUUCUGCAGCGGAAACGGAGAGUGCGUGUGCAAUCACUGCAAUUGCGAGAGCGGCUUCUCGGGUCAGUUCUGUGAGAAUAACAAGGAGAACAACACUUUAUGUGAGCUUUACAUAAAGUCUAUCGAAGACGCUGUCUUGAAUGGCACCGAUCACGGCGUCAUGGGUGCUACGAAGUUCUUGAUCCAGGAGGUGGAUGAGGACAGGAGGAAAAGUAUUUGCAAUGCCAGCGAAUGCGAAACCAUCAUCUACCAGGGUAACACUCGCUGCACGCUCAAAUGUUGCUACCUUAAAAAGGACGACGACAUCGUUCACUGGCUGGUGACAAAGGAAUGCAUGCUCACCGCAAGUUUCGCGGCUAUAACCACUGGGAUCGCUGCCCUCGCUGCAAUUAUCGUAGCCGGUAUAAUAGGAAUCGCCUGUGCCAAAUACAGGAUCUAUAGGCUGGAGAAGGAAGAGUAUAGGCGCUUCAGAGAAGAAGCCAAGAGUCUCCAUGAAAUGAAUCCUAUAUAUAAGGAUCCUGUGUCUACGUACAGGAAUCCUAUGAGGGCGAAGAACGACUGAAUUUGUUUGAGCGACUGAAACAGGGGUUGUUGAAUGGCGCUGGUGUAAGGGCUCUUACAGGAAUUACUUGUUUGUAGUUUUUUAACACAAUCUCUUUGCUUUGUAACAUACCCAGUAAACCAUCCACAAACUUGCGGAUGACUUUACGAAAGAGCUAUUUGAUGUGGACGUUAAUCAACAUACACU